AUGCCAGGGAUAGUGGAGCUGCCCACUCUGGAAGAGCUGAAAGUGGAGGAAAUGAAAGUCAGCUCUGCUGUGCUGAAAGCUGCAGCCCAUCACUACGGGGCUCAGUGUGAUAAGCCCAACAAGGAGUUCAUGCUGUGCCACUGGGAAGAGAAGGAUCCGAGGCGGUGUUUAGAGGAAGGCAAGAUGGUCAGUAAGUAUGCUCUGGAAUUCUUCAGGCAGAUAAAGUGUCACUGUGCGGAGCCUUUUACAGAAUAUUGGACCUGCAUCGAUUAUUCCGGCCUGCAGUUGUUCCGUUACUGUCACAAACAGCAGGCAAAGUUUGACAAUUGUGUGCUGGACAAAUUGGGCUGGGUGCGGCCUGACCUGGGAGAACUGCCAAAGUCACCAAAGUGAAAA